AUGCCCUUCUCGGGGGUGUACCGAGAUGACAUCCGCACGGUGUCCGUGCCGGUCUUCGAGAACGAAACGUUCGCCCACGGGCUCGAAAUCGAGCUGACGGACGCGAUCAUCAAGGAGAUCCACGCCCGGACGCCGUGGCGCGUCGACACGAGCGGCGGAUCGACGACGCGUCUGAGCGGGCGGAUCGUCGGGGCGGAUCUCAAGAAAUCGACCACGGAAAGCCGCAGCGGCCUGGUGCAGGAAUUGGGCGUUGUGGUGACGGUCUCGUUUGAAUGGCGGGACCUGCGGACCGAUGAAAUCCUUGUCGCGAGGGAGAAUUUCCGCGGCGCCGAGACGUUCGUCCCGGCCCUCGGCGCUCAGGAGCGGCUGGAAACGGGCCAGCGGGCGACGAUCGAUCAGCUGGCCCGGGAGAUCGUCUCGGAACUCCGCUCGUCGCUGCCGCGCAUGGGAUCAGAGAACGAGAAUCGCCCGCCCUCGCCUGAGAAGGGCCCGGAGAACAAGCCGGGCGACGGGAAGAACGCCCCGCCCCAGAAGGUUGGACGCGGCGCGGGGUGGCUCGUCCUGCUCGCGUUGGCGCUCAUGCUGAUCGUCGUGUUCCAGUCCGUCGGCUCGCAGAUGCGGGCCGUGACGUGGCAGACGUUUGUCGCGUACUACAACGACGAGUCCAUCGACCCCGCCACGAUCGAGAUGACGGACCGCUCGGUCACCGCGACGCUCAAGCCCGAGGCCUCCACGAGCGGCCAGGCGGAGAAGAUCCAGUUCAAGAUCCCCGUGGGCACCAAGGAGACGGUGUACGCGGACGUGAAGGAGCUGACCGGAGGCGAGUUCAAGACGAACAACGGGCCGGGGUUCCUCACGCAGAUCCUCUUCAGCCCGCUCACGUUCAUGCUCGUGCUGAUCCUGCUCUUCUGGUUCCUGAUUUUCCGGGGCCUGCGGAGCGCCGGGGGCGGGGGCGGGAUGCUCGGCAACUUCGGCAAGUCGCGCCACCGCGUGCUCUCCAAGGAGCAGUCGGGCGUGACGUUCAAGGACGUCGCCGGCGUCACGGAAGCGAAAGACGAGCUCUCCGAGGUCGUCGAGUUCCUCAAGCACCCCAAGAAGUUCAUGCGUCUGGGCGGGCGCGUCCCGCGCGGCGUGCUGCUCGUCGGGCCCCCGGGCUGCGGCAAGACGCUCCUCGCCAAGGCGAUCGCCGGCGAGGCGGACGUGCCGUUCUUCUCGAUCUCCGGCUCGGACUUCGUCGAGAUGUUCGUGGGCCGCGAGCAGACGCUCAACGCGAUCCUCGUGGAGAUGGACGGGUUCGACAGCUCCGACCAGGUCAUCGUCAUCGCGGCGACGAACCGGGGCGACGUCCUCGACCCGGCGCUGACACGCCCGGGCCGCUUCGACCGCUCGGUCUCCGUCUCGCUCCCGGACUACAAGGGCCGCUUCGAGAUCCUCAAGGUGCACGCGAAGAAGGUGAAGAUGUCGCCCGAGGUGGACCUCAUGAAAAUCGCCCGCGGCACGCCGAUGUUCUCCGGCGCCGAACUCGCGGCGAUCAUCAACGAGGCCGCCAUCGCCGCGACGCUCGCGAACAAGGACUUCGUCGAGCACGAGGAUCUUGAGGAAGCCCGCGACAAGGUGCGGUACGGGCGCUCGCGUAAGAGCCGCGUGAUCGAGGAGAAGGAGCGCGUCGCGACGGCCUAUCACGAGGCGGGCCACGCGGUGCUCCAGAUGCUCAACCCGGACGCGGACCCGCUCCACAAG